UUUUUACCCGUCGGGCUUGACAGCAGGCGCACUUCGAUGCCAACUUUCUCGGAGCGCACAGGCGCACUGUUUGCUGCCAAACCCGGGACUUUACGCUGCAGUCACGGAUGAGAAAACCAUUUAUUUGAUUUUUUUAAAACCAGAACACAGAGUUGGGUAGAUUUUGACUGUGGGGUGCUUCUCCGGUGGACAUUUGUGCAAACCCUAUUUGGUGGGUUUUGUCGGGAUCAUGUGGGGGAUCCAGAGGACUCGGUACGCGGACUGUAACGGCUCCGAGGCCAGUGAGGAGGUGGAGAUCGUGGUGAACAUCGGCGGGGUGAAACAGGCGCUUUAUGGGGACGUGUUGAACCGCUACCCGGACACCCGACUGGCAGAGCUGGUGGACUGCUCCCUCACGUCUCCAGAGGAAAUCUCCUCCUUAUGUGACGACUAUGACCCCGACACUGGGGAGUUUUACUUCGACAGAGACCCUGAAGCGUUUAAAUGCAUCAUUGAGUUGUAUUAUUAUGGAGAGAUCCACAUGAAGAGAGGAAUCUGCCCGAUGUGCUUCAUGAAGGAGAUGGACUUCUGGAAGAUCGGCUCGGAUUUCCUUGAUGAAUGCUGUAAAAGCCACUUGAAGGAGGUGGAGGAUGAACUCGCAGAAAUAGCCGAGAGGGUGAGGACUAUCCUGGUGGACCGAGAGGGAGAUCCGUCCGCAGGAAGCUGGCAGCGCUUCCAGAUUUCCCUCUGGAGGCUGAUGGAGAAGCCGGAGUCUUCGCUCUCUGCGCACGUCAUCGCUAUAGUUUCUUUCAUCUUCAUCCUCAUCUCCUCCGUGGUGAUGUGUGUCGGGACGAUCCCCGAUCUCCAGGUGGAAGACUCGGAGGGGAACCUCACCGAGCAUCCAACUCUUGAGGUCAUCGAGACGGUGUGCAUCGGCUGGUUCACCAUCGAGUACCUCCUUCGCCUGAUCUCCUCCCCGAAUAAAAUCAAAUUCGUCCUGUCUUUCAUGAACAUAAUCGACUUCAUGGCCAUCAUGCCUUUCUUUGUGGUCCUGAUUCUUACCUCCAUUGGAGCGGGAGUGAUGGAGCUGGCCAACGUGCAGCAGGCCGUCCAGGCUUUACGCAUAAUGCGCAUUGCGCGCAUUUUCAAGCUAGCGCGCCAUUCCUCCGGACUCCAGACCCUCACCUCUGCCCUGAAGAGCAGCCUGAAGGAACUCGGACUUCUACUCAUGUACAUGGGCGUGGGGGUCUUCCUUUUCUCUGCUCUGGGCUACACUAUGGAGCAGAACCACCCGGACACGCUGUUCACCAGCAUCCCACAGUCGUUCUGGUGGGCCGUGAUCACCAUGACCACAGUGGGCUAUGGAGACGUGUACCCCAAAACCACGCUAGGUCGGUGCAACGCGGCAAUCAGCUUCCUUUGUGGGGUCAUCGCCAUAGCGUUGCCCAUACAUCCCAUCAUCAACAACUUCGUCUUGUUCUACAACAAGCAACAGGUGCUGGAGACCGCGGCCAAGCACGAGAUCGAGCUGAUGGCGCUGCGCACAGAGGAAGGCGAGCCGAAGGACGCAGCCUGGCACCAUCAAGACGUGUGCGGCGCGGGGGCGUGGGACACCUCCAUGAGCUCCUCCUGCCACAGCGGCACCCUCCUACCUUUACUGAAGGGUCCAAGGGGAGGGGCGAGCACCCAAACCCCAAAAGACACGAGCUGUGAGAGCACAGCUGAGGCUGCAGAAUAUUUAGUCUCAUGAAAAAAACGGAUUAUUCACUUCUGAGCUGGUGGACAUCACUUAGGCUCGGCGCGCCUUUACGCAUCGAAUCCACGUCCCGAGGGCUUUUGUUUCAUGCAACAUACACGGAUUUGCUUAUAAAGUUCACACUUUUACUGUAGACCUCCCUGUAGCUCAUCUAUAUCUCCAUGAAUGUUUUUAAUAUUAAAAGAUAUAGGCGGUUGCUUUAAGAGAAAACAGUCAAAUAAACUCCAUAAAACCCGCAAACAUGUCGAUUUGAUUCCACAGAAGCUGGAUCCAGGCUGAGGUUGACGUUUGUGACAUCUGUUGCUGGCAUUGUUUAGAUGUGAGGUUAUAUCAGGCAUAAAAAUCCACGUUUUGCCAGAAACGUUGUCAUUAGCCUGAAUAUUAUUCAUCAUUUUUCAUCAUGGAGCUCAUUUUAGAAGCCUCCUCUUGCUCCAGGAUAUGGUUGUGCAGCCCUCUCCUCCCUCCGUCUCUCUCCUGAUGUUCUGCAGGAUCACGUUAUGGAUGAGAGAAGGAAACAGCUGCAUGGAUAGACAGAUUAAAAAAAAAGCAAAACAAGUGACAAAUUUGAAAGUGUGUCUCAGUGUUUGAAUUUGAAAUAAACUCCAAAAGCAUGCCUCA